AUGGAUUCUGCAGUGGCUAUGCAUGCUCUGGUUGGUGUCUCUGGUUUCAAGCUGCUGGGAGCUUAUGGAAAGUUUGAUACCUGUGCUCCUCAGCAUGUUUAUAGAGAAAGAAAUGUGGUUGCUGAUUGUGUUGCCCAGCGGAGCUACAGUCUGGACCUAGGUGUUUGUUUUCUUGAUAUGGCUCCGAGUUGGAUUGGCUCUAGCCUUGUUGAUGAUUUGCUAGGAGUCACUAGGACUCGGGUCUCUGUAGUGAGUAGUUGCUCUGUGUUUCUUGGGGUUUUACACCCCCCCAGUUCAUAG